UCUCUUCCCUUUUCCAACUUGGCAGCAUGUUAAGGGUUGGGGUCUUAGUCUCUCUUAAUAAGGGCAGCUUACCUUCUCGGCUAGAUGGUGCAGCUUCUGAACAGCUUGUCUCCAGGGGCUGAUACACCGCUGGUAUUGGGGAGGGGCCGUUGGGCCAGAGGAAAACUCACUGGAACCUGACUCUCCUUCCACCCAUCCCACAUGCUGGCCUUUGGACAAGCUUCAGGGUGGAGGGGGUGACAGACACUACCUACCCUUUUUGCCACCUUAUGGUCCCCAUCAUGCACUAAGCAGUAUCCUAGACAGAGAACUUCCCUGAGUCACAUUUCUGGGAUGAAACAUUGCCCUCCAUUGGCAAGUGUCACCAUUACAUAGGGAAACAUAGGAGAAACUUUUUCUUUUCUCUGCUCCUUUGCUGGAACUGCUUGUUUUCACAUGACCCACCUUGGCAGUUACCCAGGAUGACUUGCUCACUCCCGUUUGACAGUUGAGAAAACUCAAAACUACUGCUCCAGAGUCACAUUUGGAACUGUGGCAGGACCAUUCUGUACCCCUUUGCCUUCAGGUUUGGGGCCCUAGGCCUAAGGCUGUCCAGGAGAGCCAGUUGAUUUAUGACAGUGGAGUCUUCGGUGUGCCCAGCUAUUGCUGGAAGAGGGCCAGCCCCAACCUUGUGGGUGGGUGGUACCACGUGAGUUGACAACUUCAGGAUCCCUUCCAGGCCACAGUUCUACUCUAUCGCUGGGAAGCGUCAAGUGUGCUGGUAAAAACGGGAGCACCAAUCAAUACUCAAGUUAUGAAAAAUUAAAAAAAAAAAAAAAAAAACUCCCUCUUUGAGGUCCGCAAGGCCCUCGCUCAGACGGGACUUACCAAGUUUAAGAGGUUUGUUCGCAAGGAGUGGAAUUCCCCAACAGAGUAACUGCGAACUUGAUUGACUGAAGCUUUCUUCUGACCUGUCCUGUCCUGACAAAUAUUCUGAGGAGCUAUAGAGAUAGAGGCUUGGCUGGGACAAGGGACACUCAGAGGGGCUGGGAGUGGGGGGCUAAUCAAACUGGACAGGUGCAUUAUACACAGAAGCACAAGACACAAAGACAGCCGGCUCUGGAGGGGAGAGAAUGACAUGGUCAGACAACGGACCUGCUGACAGUCGGAGUCUGACAUCCCCCAGUAGCAGCAGCAGAAAGGGAACAACACUGACCUUUGGGAGAGUGACAGGAUGAGGGCAAAGUGCCCUCACCACCACCCCCCCUACUGGUUGCUGCUCGAGUGGUGCUGAUGCUGGAAAGAGGUGAGGGAUCCCAAAGUGAGGUGGAGGCAGGUCUUUGUGGAAUACGGGACUCCUGCAGCCACUGCCUCAGUUUCUCCCUUUGUUUCCAGAGUUCCAGCUUUGCAGGUAAAGUUUGGACUAGCUGUCCUGGAACAUCACCUGUCUGUGACUUAAGGGGUGUGUGUGAGCGAGAGGGAGAAAGCUUGAGGAGAGCAUGCUUCAGCCUGGGAGGAAUUGGGCCAUGCCCCAGGACUUGAGCCAUCUCUGGCACAAAAGGAGUUAAUGGCAGGGACCGCGCCCCCCCGUGUCCGGGCACGCGCAGCGCGCCCCCUCGGUGCGCGGGCACAGCAGCCAGGCUGCCGGAGAGCAGAUCUCGGGGAUUCGGGUGCGGAGCCCUUGGCCUGGAGGCGAUAUGGGUGGUCCGUGGCCCGGUUCAGUCGCUCGCAGCAGCCGGGGGAACAGGCCUGUCUGGCCCUGAGGGAGACCCCUUUCUGAAGCUGUGGUGCUUGGACGACCUGCUCUCCACGUUGCCGGGCACCUGUAGGUGUCCCUCGAGAGCUCAGUUUUGAGGUUCAAGUCAGUGUGGCCAUGAAGGGGCUGCCUAUUGGGCUGAUGCUGUGACCCUGGAGUCUGCCUUUCCUGCCAGUCCCCCCGCCCGGAACAUGUGGCUGCGGCUUGGCCCGCCCUCGCUGUCCCUGAGCCCCAAGCCCACAGUUGGCCGGAGCCUGUGCCUCAGCCUGUGGUUCCUCAGCUUGGUGCUGAGGGCCAGUACCCAGGCCCCAGCACCCACAGUCAAUACUCACUUUGGGAAGCUAAGGGGUGCCCGGGUACCACUGCCCAGUGAGAUCCUGGGGCCUGUGGACCAAUACCUGGGGGUGCCUUACGCAGCUCCCCCGAUCGGCGAGAAACGUUUCCUGCCCCCUGAACCGCCCCCGUCCUGGUCGGGCAUCCGGAACGCCACACACUUUCCCCCAGUGUGCCCCCAGAACAUCCACACAGCUGUGCCCGAAGUCAUGCUUCCUGUCUGGUUCACGGCCAACUUGGAUAUCGUCGCUACUUACAUUCAGGAGCCCAAUGAAGACUGCCUCUACCUGAACGUCUAUGUGCCCACGGAGGAUGUAAAGCGGAUUUCCAAGGAAUGCGCCCGAAAGCCCAACAAGAAAAUUUGUAGGAAAGGAGGAUCCGGCGCUAAGAAACAGGGCGAGGACUUAGCGGAUAAUGACGGGGAUGAAGAUGAAGAUAUCCGGGACAGCGGCGCUAAGCCCGUCAUGGUCUACAUCCAUGGAGGCUCUUACAUGGAAGGGACAGGCAACAUGAUUGAUGGCAGCGUCCUGGCCAGUUAUGGCAACGUCAUCGUCAUCACCCUCAACUAUCGGGUUGGGGUACUAGGUUUCCUGAGCACUGGCGAUCAGGCUGCCAAGGGCAACUAUGGGCUCCUUGACCAAAUCCAGGCCCUCCGCUGGGUGAGCGAGAAUAUUGCCUUCUUCGGUGGUGAUCCCCGCCGUAUCACUGUCUUUGGCUCGGGCAUCGGCGCGUCCUGUGUCAGCCUCCUCACGCUGUCGCAUCACUCUGAGGGGCUUUUCCAGAGGGCCAUCAUCCAAAGUGGUUCAGCUCUGUCCAGCUGGGCUGUGAACUACCAACCAGUGAAGUACACCAGCCUACUGGCAGACAAGGUGGGCUGUAACGUGCUAGACACAGUGGACAUGGUGGACUGUCUUCGGCAAAAGAGUGCCAAGGAGCUGGUAGAGCAGGACAUCCAGCCAGCCCGCUACCAUGUGGCCUUUGGCCCGGUGAUUGAUGGUGACGUCAUUCCUGAUGACCCUGAGAUUCUCAUGGAACAGGGCGAGUUCCUCAACUAUGACAUCAUGCUAGGUGUCAACCAGGGCGAGGGACUCAAGUUUGUGGAAGGGGUGGUGGACCCUGAGGAUGGUGUCUCUGGCACUGACUUUGACUACUCAGUCUCUAACUUUGUGGACAAUCUCUAUGGUUAUCCCGAGGGUAAGGAUACCCUGCGGGAGACCAUCAAGUUCAUGUACACAGACUGGGCUGACCGUGACAAUCCUGAGACCCGCCGUAAAACACUGGUGGCGCUUUUCACUGACCACCAGUGGGUGGAGCCCUCAGUGGUGACAGCUGAUCUACAUGCCCGCUACGGCUCACCUACCUACUUCUACGCCUUCUACCAUCACUGCCAGAGCCUCAUGAAGCCUGCUUGGUCAGACGCAGCUCAUGGGGAUGAAGUACCUUACGUUUUUGGUGUCCCUAUGGUAGGUCCCACGGACCUCUUCCCCUGCAACUUCUCCAAGAAUGACGUUAUGCUCAGUGCUGUCGUCAUGACCUACUGGACCAACUUUGCCAAGACCGGGGAUCCCAACAAGCCGGUCCCCCAGGACACCAAGUUCAUUCACACCAAGGCCAACCGCUUUGAGGAAGUGGCCUGGUCCAAAUACAAUCCCCGAGACCAACUCUACCUUCACAUCGGGCUGAAGCCAAGGGUCCGCGAUCACUACCGGGCCACUAAGGUGGCCUUUUGGAAACACCUGGUUCCCCACCUAUACAACCUGCAUGACAUGUUUCACUACACGUCCACAACCACCAAAGUGCCGCCCCCCGAUACCACCCACAGCUCCCACAUCACCCGCAGGCCCAAUGGCAAGACCUGGAGCACCAAGCGGCCAGCCAUCUCCCCCGCCUACAGCAAUGAGAACGCCCAAGGGUCCUGGAACGGGGACCAGGAUGCAGGGCCACUCCUGGUGGAGAACCCUCGUGACUACUCCACUGAAUUAAGUGUCACCAUCGCAGUGGGGGCCUCCCUCCUCUUCCUUAACGUUCUGGCCUUCGCUGCCCUCUACUAUCGGAAGGACAAGCGGCGCCAGGAGCCCCUGCGGCAGCCCAGCCCUCAGAGGGGAGCUGGGGCCCCUGAAUUGGGAGCCGCUCCCGAGGAGGAGCUGGCGGCACUGCAGCUGGGCCCCACCCACCACGAGUGCGAGGCAGGUCCCCCCCACGACACCCUGCGCCUCACCGCGCUGCCAGACUACACGCUGACCCUGCGGCGCUCCCCUGAUGACAUCCCGCUCAUGACCCCCAACACUAUCACCAUGAUCCCCAACUCCCUGGUGGGGCUGCAGACAUUGCACCCCUAUAACACCUUUGCCGCAGGGUUCAACAGUACCGGGCUGCCCCACUCACACUCCACUACCCGGGUAUAGCUCCAGCCCAGAGCACAGCCUAGAUCCCAGCUCUGUCCCUUCCAGAUCUAUCCAUGAACACACACACGCACACACACACACACAAACACACACACACGUGUACACACGCACCCACCUGAAAGCUGACCCACCUGCACAAACACAGACAGAUAUGGACAUGCACCCGCAUGUACAACAACACAAAUAAGGAAGUAAACCUGAACAAACCCUUCAAAUGGGGACGCAAACACAGAGUCCUUGGAAGACCAAGGACCCAUGGAACAGCAGCUGAAGCCAGCUCCCCAAGCCUGACCACAGACAACUCCUGGGGAGCCUGAAGCACCAGCUGGACACCCCCCCUUGGUGCUCGCCUUCCGCCUCUCUUGGAACUGCACCACCGACCAACUCCAGACUUGGGAGCUUUAAAGAGCAGAUUAGCUCUUUCUCCCCCAGACUUGGUCUUUUUUCUGGGUCUUGUUUUUGUUGAUUUUUUUUUUAAAAAAAUUUUUGGAACCAACGCUUCUCCCACGCGUGAGUGCGAAGAGGCUCCGGAAGGGAGGGCUCCAAGCCCAGGUCUCUCUGGCUCUGGCAUUCCCAAUGCUCACACCAUCCGACCAAGGAACAUCACUCCCCAAGAGAGAAACAGAUUCGAGCAAGACCGUGGGGGAGAAGGAGGAUGGGGCUGCCACUGGAUGGGGUUGGAGGGCCGUAGGGGACAACUCUCCAGCCAUCUCUGUAUCCCUGCCGAGGGCUGCAGAGACCGAAAGGUUACCUGCACCCCCCGAAGGCCAAGAGCAUCGGCCUGGCUAGAGCAGGAGACCCCAGAUUUGCUGAAGGAGGUUCUGUGGAGGCCAUGUCAUUAUCGGGCCCCCGGGUAUAAUCUGGGCCCUGCCUCUGCCCUUGGGGUAACUAAGCAGAAAUUUGCCCCAUUUUCUUUCCAGAGUCUCUUUUGUGUCUGUCACUUCUCUUUCAAAAAGGCGGUGUUUUUUGUUGUUGGCUUUUUUUUUUUUUUUAAAGAAAAGUUCUUAAAACACUAACGGAAA